AUGGCUCAUAAAACACCAUACUAUUGCAUUUUCACACUCUUUAUGUUGUCUACUUAUUUUGUGCCAAUUUUUGGUGACACAAAUGGUCAAAUUUUGAUAAGGUUCAAAAGCUUUUUGUCUAAUAACAAUGCUUUAAACAAUUGGGUUGAUGAGUCUAAUCUAUGCAAUUGGGCUGACACAUUGUUGGAAUUGACAAACUUGGUUAGUUUUAGUGUCAUGAAUAAUUCAUUUGAGGGUCCAAUGCCUGAGUUCAAAAAGCUUGUGAAGUUAAGGGGAUUGUACUUGUCUAAUAAUAAAUUUUCUGGUGAAAUUUUAGAUAAUGGUUUUGAGGGUAUGGUGAAUCUUAAAAGGGUAUUUUUGGCAGGAAAUGAAUUUAAUGGUCAUAUUCCUUUUUCACUUACUUCUUUGACUAGACUUUUGGAUUUAGACUUGCAUGGUAAUAGUUUUGGAGGUAAUAUACCUGAAUUUCAACAGAAUUUUUUCAGAAUUUUUGAUUUGUCUAACAAUCAAUUGGAGGGACAAAUACCAAUUAGCUUAAGCCAUGAGCCCUUAACCUCAUUUUCAGGCAAUAAAGGCCUGUGUGGGAAACCUUUGAAUCCAUGCAACAUUUCUCCAACCAAAUCUAAUGUGCAUCCCAAUUCACCUCCUUCAAACUCAAAGAAAUAG